GAAUAGUUGGUUGUACAACAGUGUUUGAUAAAUAAAUCGAAAACAUCGAUGUCUCUACCUUCAAUGGAACGCGCAUCUAUGAGUCAUAAAAAUAAGCAUAUGAUUAACUAAUUUAAUAUUAAAAUGGCAAACCAGUGCGGAAUUCCUGAUCAACAAUUUCUUUGGGAUGUAUUUCAAAGAGUGGACAAAGAUAGGAGUGGCCACAUAUCUGCUGAUGAACUUCAAAUUGCGCUUUCAAAUGGUACAUGGUCCGCUUUUAAUCCAGAAACUAUACGACUAAUGAUUGGAAUGUUUGAUCGUGAAAAUAAAGGAACUGUAUCCUUUCAAGACUUUGGAGCCCUGUGGAAGUAUGUAACAGAUUGGCAAAACUGUUUUCGAUCAUUUGAUCGGGACAAUUCUGGUAAUAUAGACAAAGAUGAGCUUAAGACGGCGCUUACAUCCUUUGGAUACAGGUUAUCUGACCAUUUAAUUGGCGUUUUACUCCGAAAAUUUGAUCGAUUUGGUCGUGGCACAAUUUUGUUCGACGAUUUUAUACAAUGUUGUAUCGUGCUGUAUGAAAAGAACAGGAAAAUACCCAGCCAGGAAGAUCUGAAGGGAAACAUUGAUGACAUUGGCCGAAAUGUGAGAUAAAAUUGUUGUACUAUAACUUCGAUUUCUGUCAAAGUUGACAUUUUUUUUUUGUGUUUUUUAAUUUAUUAUAUCUUAACCAAUUUUUAUAGGAACAAAUCUUUCUAUAUAAUCUUUUUAUAUAAAUUUAAAUGUUUUUAUUUCAGACAUUAACAACAGCAUUCCAACAACAUGACACUGAUAUGGACGGAG